GAAGAAGAAAAGGAGAAUAGAGGAGCUGACUGAGAAGUUAGUGAUGAAAUGCUAAGAGCUGGCUGCAGAAUGGCACUGGAUGUCGGCAGCAGUGGAGACUGGGAUGGGCGAUGGCGUCAUGUACAGAAGUUUCUGGAGAGAUCUGGGCCCUUUACACAUCCUGACUUUGAACCAAGUGAGGAGACGCUCCAGUUUUUGUUGGAGACAUGCAAAAUUCUUGUCAUCGGAGCAGGAGGUCUUGGAUGUGAGCUGCUAAAAAACCUGGCACUGUCAGGGUUUCGUCAUAUCCAUGUCGUAGACAUGGACACUAUUGACGUGUCCAAUCUGAACCGGCAAUUCCUCUUCAGGUCUAAAGAUGUUGGGCACCCCAAGGCAGAGGUGGCAGCUGACUUCAUAAACAGUCGAGUUCCCGGAUGUCAUGUUGUACCGCACUUCAAGAAAAUUCAAGAGUUUGAUGAAUCCUUUUACAGACAAUUCCACAUAAUUGUGUGUGGGCUGGAUUCCAUCAUUGCUCGUCGCUGGAUGAAUGGAAUGCUGUUGUCACUGCUAGUUUAUGACGAUGGGGUUUUGGAUCCUAGCUCCAUCAUCCCACUGAUUGAUGGAGGUACAGAAGGCUUUAAGGGGAAUGCGAGGGUCAUCCUGCCUGGAAUGACUGCUUGUAUAGAUUGCACACUGGAGCUGUACCCUCCACAGAUUAAUUUUCCCAUGUGCACUAUUGCAUCAAUGCCGCGGCUGCCUGAACAUUGCAUUGAGUAUGCAAGGAUACUACAGUGGCCCAAAGAGAAGCCAUUUGGAGAUGGUGUAGCUCUGGAUGGUGAUAACCCAGAACACAUUCAUUGGGUGUUCCAGAAGUCCCUCGAGAGAGCAGCUGAAUUCAACAUCAUUGGGGUCACUUACAGACUCACUCAAGGAGUGGUCAAACGUAUCAUCCCAGCUGUGGCGUCCACCAAUGCAGUCAUCGCUGCUGCUUGUGCUACAGAGGUUUUUAAGAUUGCUACAAGUGCUUAUGUUCCUUUGAAUAAUUAUUUGGUGUUUAAUGAUGUGGAUGGACUUUAUACUUACACCUUUGAAGCCGAGCGAAAGGAGAAUUGCUCAGCAUGUAGCCAGGUUCCCCAGAAACUACAAUUCCCACCGUCGGCUAAACUACAGGAAGUACUGGAGUAUUUGACUGAAAAUGCCUCUCUACAAAUGAAAUCUCCUGCUAUUACUGCGACUCUUGAAGGCAAAAAUAAAACUCUCUACUUACAGACAGUUGCUUCAAUUGAAGAAAAAACGAGGCCUAAUCUCUGCAAAACUUUGAAAGAGCUGGGAUUGGCUGAUGGGCAGGAAUUGGCAGUGGCUGAUGUUACCACCCCUCAAACAGUCCUGUUCAAGCUGAACUUCACAUCCUAAACACAGUGUUGAACCCCUUUAGAUGAACCCCUUAGAUGAAUACUGCAGCAAAAGCUCUCAACAUUUACUAGUGACUGCUUAUCACUUACAAAAAGAUAAAUAUUAGCUAUAAUUCAUAUUUAAGUAUAAAUUUUAUUGUAAUGUAAAUAAGGCACUUUGCUGAUUCUGGAUACACUUGUAAUAUUUUGGUUCUGUGUAUUUAUCCAGUCACGCAGAAAGCUCCUUUUUAUUUUAGGUUUCUCACUUCAAAACUUAUGCUUUUGUUUUACUAACCAAAUAUAUAAAAUAUGAGGCUGAAGAAGACAUUUGUCAGCGCAUACAGUAUUCUGCUCUGGUGGUAAAGAUUUGUUUGAACACUGACAACAAUGCUAGUCUGUUUUUAUCAGAAGCUGGUUUUGUUUAUCUGAUCAAAUGUGUAUAUAUCAAUAAUCACUUGUAUGUCAGUAAACAAGCUCUGUAAAAAUAAAACUUAAAAGUUCUUGAAUGCUUUCACAA